GUUGUAUCGAAUUAAUCUUCUUGUUGAAUUUUCGGUUAGAGAUAGUAAACUAGAUGGUGCCGAUAUUAAAUACUGGACUUGGGUCAUAUAUGUUGUUACUUUCGCAGUAUAUUUAAUGACUUCCAUCCGCUUAGCAGUCGGAGGUCACCAGAUAGAAGUCCAAAUAAAUAACACCAAAACCAUAUGUUUCGACAACAUAAACUCAGAUACUUUCGAUGCUGAACAUUUGGAAAUUCGUGCUGCAUUGCUUCAACUACACGACCAAAUAAAGUCGCGCCAAGUUUCAAUUAAUGCUGCCGGAUGCUUUAAGGUUAACUUACAACUUUUGGGUACAAUUUAUUCUACCGUAACAACUCUGUCGGUUUAUGCUAUAGAAUUUUUAUUGUUUUACUCAAAUUAGGCAAUCAAUGUAAUAAAUCUAGUACCUAUAUGCAAAACUAAACUAAUGAUACUAGGUACCAUAUUCCUUUUUUUUUAUAAUUUUUGUUUCCAAGAUUCUCUUUCACCAAUCCAUUGCACUUUAAAAAAAAGUACCUGUGUGUAGCAAGAAAACUUAAAAUUCAGUUAAAUGUAUUUCUAAUAAGGACUUAAAUUAUGUACCUACUGUAUAGUUGUUUUUAUUUAUCAUUAGAAGGCAAUAUGAAAAAAUAGAUAAUUUAAUUAGUAGCUGUUAAUCAAAUGACUGAGGUGUAUCCCAAGGCUUCGUGCUUGGAGGCUUCGUCCUUGGGCACUUGCUUCAUUCAUUAUAUGUAGGUACUGAGCCUCAAGUCUGCCAAUCUCCAGGCGAGGUAUUAUAGAUUUGCUGAUAAUACAGUGGUACUUUUUUAUUGUAAUGAGAGAGAACGAAACCUUGUAAAAUGUGUAAAUCAUGAUCUAAAAGUUAUUCAAACUGGCUGUUGUGUCAUAAAUUGAAAAUCAAUGUAUUAAAAUUCAAAUUUAUGCUGUUCAAACAAAAAAAUUAAUUAAUUUAAUGCCCAGAAAUUAAACCAAACAACGUCGAAAUGGACAAAGUGUCGAAUGUAA